AGGUCGCGUUCUAUCUGGAGUGCGCACGAGUCAAAGCAAACGAGCAAGUGAAACGAACAUUAAAUGUGCAUACUCAAUAUACAUACAUACAAAUAUAAGUACAUUAAUAGGAGUGCUAUAUAUAAUUAUAAAUCGUGGGGGCAGAAUAUGUCAAAUCGUGUCAAUCAAUAAUACAAACAUACUACAAAGUGAGAUGUAGUGGAAUUGCGACGGUUGCAAAAUCGAUUACAAUAGAAUAUGUACAAUGGAACUUAAAAUUUUGAGAGGAAAAUGAUAAGUGUUAAGUAUAAUUGAAAAAAAAAUUUGAAAAGUACGAGUUUGAUACAAAAUGCAAAUUUCAUUUUUGUCGGAAGUUGUUUGAGCGAAUUGAAAGAAGAACUGAAAGAAGCACGAAAAGCCAAAUAAACAGUGCGAAUAAGUUGAUAUGACUCUUUUGUGGUGAAUGCCAAUCCGUUGUCACCAGAACCUGAUGAAUGUAAAUAUAUCAACUUUGAAUAUAAGUAAAUUUGUAUAAGUACUCGUACACCCAAUGAUAUUAUAAAGAAGUCAUCAAUUGCAGUGCCUAACGACAACAAACAGACUUUCCUUAUCAUUCAUCAACAUCUGCAUUGUGAGAUCUCACCACGCCUGUUGAGCAAACAAAAGCAGCAAUCACAAACCGUUUGGCGACGGUAAUGAUUUUGUGAUGUAUAAAUCACUAUAUACAAAACAAAUCUGUAAUAUAACAGAGAUUUUCCAUCAAUUAAUAAUUACGUUAACUUCAACAGUAGCGGUGAUAGCUGUGCCAAUAGAUCAUGGAUAAACUUUUAUAGUUUAUAACCGAAUCAAUAACAAAAUAUUAUAAGCAGAUCGCAUAACAGUUAUAAAAAAUUUGAUUAUUCGCGCUGCCAUUAUUAUCAGAUAUUGCAGGUUUUACUGCUAUUAACAUCGGUCUUAGUUGUCCAGAAAAUGAUCAGUGAACAGUCUCUAACGCUGGCUUUUCGUGGUGGAUUUAGUUUAAUCGAUAAGCAAUUGAGGCGUGUUGGUGCAAAUCCGAUUACUUCCUCUUCAACCACAGCGGCUGUCGCCUAUCAAUAUUUGGACUUAGCAGCGUCAUCGGAGACAAAUAAUGUGUUAAAUAUGGAGUCAGCGGCAAGUAGUACAAUUAAUAAUUGUAACAUCAAUUCAAAUAUCGUUAACCGGAAUAACUGCAGUAAUAAUAUAAACAGCAAUGUGAUGAUUAAUCCAGUGCCUAAUGCUCCCAGUGGUUCUGUUGGUGGUGUAGCUAACGCAAACAGUUCUUAUCAAAAACAUUGCCCCCAAUCGGAGUCAUUGCAAACAAAUCCUCAAAAACAACAAACAGCUCAAAAGAAACAACUACAAAAUAACUCUAACAAUGUGAAGAGUGAAAGACUUAGUCCAAGCACCAACGGAGAUCAUCAGUCAUCAAUAUCGAGAUCCCGAAGCACCACACCUUCAUCGUUCCGUGGUCCUUCGCCACAACAAAUUUCUUCUGAAGCCCUAAUGCCACUAACUUCGCUCUUACGUAUUCAAGAAGUCACGUCUGGGCAUCAAACUCCUUGCGUUAGUGCCGCUAGCACCGAUACAGCUAAUUUAGGAAACACAACGACUGUGUUCCAGACAGAUUUCUCGUCGAGGAACUAUUCCGAUAUUAUGCGCAGUUUAGCAGCGAAAUAUAAUGAUGUCAACGCAAUAAACUCCAUUUCGACUCGUUGUAAUCCAUUUUUUGAUACAUCGUCGACUUCUUCUAUUCCUAUUGUCAACAAAAAUGUAAAUCAGAAAAGUGGCAAUAGGAACGUUGUUGGAGCUUUGUCGGGUCCCUUGACGAGUAAAGAUGCAUCGCCUCAAUUGAUACCUCGAUUAUCCAUUUCUCAAGGGGAUGUAGCGGUAGCGGCUGCAGCCGCUUCGUUUCUAAGUAGUCUUCCAUUCUCACAAAGUGUAUGCCUCCCAAUGAUCGAUAUGAGCAGUACUCAAGCAUUGAUUACUUUGGCGCGUGCAGCUAAAGAAGCAGAGGUACAGACCAUACUUCGCACCUUCCAGCAAAACUCGAAACAAAUGAACUCCAAUUCAAUCUUAUCGCAUCCUAACCUUGGUGUAGCAUUGCAACAAGCCGCUCAAUAUGUAUCUCCUGCACUCAGUCUUCCUGUGCUGCAGAAACAGCAGCAGAUUGCACCUUCACAACAGUCUAGUCCUCAACAUAAAUUAGUUUCUGCAUCGACUAGCUCCACUAUUUCAACAUCCAAAAGAAAAUCAACAGCUCCCACAAGCACAACGACCGUACCGCUUGAUUUGAGCUCUCAACCACCAGCGACUAAAAGAUUUAAGGUGGAAUUGAACACAGCAAGCCAAAGUAACGAAUCAUAUGGGUUGAAUGUAUCUAUGGGACAUGUGUCAUCAAAUGAAAUAAAAGCCUCCUCAUCACCAAUAUCUGAAAAUAAAUUAGUCACCGAUUCUACGAAGAAUAAUGCCUGCUUGUCCUUUUCACCAGAACCAUCCACACCAUGCAAUACUACUAUUCUAAAAUGUCAAGCUGAAAGUGUGGAAAUUGCCCAAUGGACAGUGGAUGACGUGUGUGCUUUUGUAGGUGAUAUUGAUAUCUGCGCGGACUACGUUCAGCAUUUUCGUGAUCAAUGCAUUGAUGGCAGUGGAUUACCCUUGCUAACUGAAGAUCAUUUGCUUAAUUCCUUGGGUAUGAAAUUAGGACCCGCAUUAAAAUUACGGUCAAAAUUAGCGAAGAGACUCGGUGGUCCUUGCCCCUGUGUGGCAUGCAUUACACGGGCACGACAAAUGCUAGUUUUACAAGCAGAAUCUAAGAAUGAUCAACCAAAGACAGCUAUAACAAUGUCUACCGAGUGUUCUCCAACAGAAAUUAGAACUAUAAGAUGUGAGGAAAGUAUUGAACUUCCCCAACUCAAAGACACAAAUGAUACAACAAAAGAAACCUUUAAAAAUAUACAGAAAGGUUCGCAAAAUCAGCACUUUCUUGGGGAAGGACGAGAAACGAAGAUAUGCAGCAUUAGUGACAAUAAUGAAAGAACCAACAAUUGUAGCUCACUUAAAGUACAAAUAUGCGCCAACAUAUAUAAAAAUGAAGCAAACAACAACCAUCACAACAAUGACGAAGUAAAUGUUGAGAAUUUUAUUACCGGAACAAACGUUAAUGACAAAACAUCUAGUUACGUUCUCAAUACUACUUUUAAACCCCAAUCUAAUGAUAUCUGUUUAAGUAAUAAAAAAAGUUCCACUAACAGCAACGUCGUACUGGAAAGUCAGUUUGGAAAUUUAUCAGAUGAGGGUAGUUAGUCUUGGAUCUAUUACUGCUUUUGUUUACAAAUUUUAUGGUUGAAUGAAGUUUUUAUUCAAAAUUUUCAUGUGUACAUGGACAACAUUUUAUCAGUUUUUAAACAUUUUUUGGAGUAAAAUGUGUAUAAAAAAAAAAACUCUAACACUCUCAAAAACUUAGCAACUAUUUUUAAUUUUCUCAUAAUAAAUACAGCAAAACAUAAAAUGUGUAUAAUGAUAGUCAGUCCAUUUGUGCAUGUCGCAAUAAGAAUUUUCAUAAUUCGUAGUAAGGCGAACAUGCCGAUAACUUUUAAUUUAAUAGUAGUUUUUACAUUAUUUAUUAUUCGGACCUUAUAGAACAUACUAUUGACAAUCUAGGGUAAUUUUUUUAUGCAGAAAUAUUGAAGCAUAAGCCGGUAACAGAGUUUCUCCCAGAACGUCUUAAGAAAAAAACGCUUUGCGGCGUUCACCAUAACUCGGCUGGAAAUUAUUCGAAAAUAAAAAACCAAGAAAAAUUAGUCAGGUUAAUCAAAUCCUCCCCCUAUCGUUCUCUGAUAAUUUUUUUUUUUUUUUUUUUAUUUAGAAAAUUUUGGCGGCAAUUUAAGGUGAAAACUGCUAUUUUCCACUAAAAACUUCCACCAUUUUGUCAGUGGAAAAAACUUUAAUGUAAAAAAGCAAAAUUUAAAAAACAAUGGGGGAGGUAUUUUAUACUAUAUGU